AUGAGUCCCGAAUCCUCAAGCAUGGCUAUUAUCUUAUCCUCGAUCAUAUUAUCUUCUCUCCAAAUCGUUUUCGUAAUAGCCCGAUCUCUUUCACGACUACUAACAAAAUUUCCGCCAAUCUGGGGACUAGAUGAUCAUCUUAUUAUUGUAUCAUUAUUUCUGAAUCUAUCUCUAGCUGCAUUAUGUCCGGUUGCGGUAUAUCUCGCCGACAUGGGUCACCAUCUCCUCUGGAUUCAACCCGCCAAAUUAGUCAUCGGACUGAAAGUUCUCUACGCUGUCGAUAUCAUAAACAUCCUCGCUCUCAGUAUCCCCAAACUAGCCAUUCUGUUUCUCUACAAACGACUAUUCAUCACAUCCAAACUCACGAAUCAUGCAAUAAAAGGCGCAACAUACGCAGUCUACGCAUUCAUCAUCGUUCUCGAAGCAAUAGCCAUCUUCCAAUGCGUACCAAUCUCCGAUGCGUUCAAAAUAGGGCCGAGGAAAUCUCGUCGGUGUAUCGAUAAUAUGGUUGUACUGACCUGGGCAACGGUGCCUAGCAUCGUCACUGAUAUUGUAAUAUUUUUGAUUCCGGUUCCGGUGGUUUGGAAACUCAAUGUUUCUCUGAGAUUCAAGAUUGAGUUGGCGGUAGAAUUCAUUAUUGGUGGAUUCGGUAUGGUAGUCUGUGCAGUCCGCGUCUCGGUGUUCUUGCGGAUACAACACCUGCCAGAUGUUACAUACGUAGGAGGAGAAUCACUCCUCUGGCUGCAGUUACAACCUGCUGCAUACCUGAUUUGCGCGUGUCUACUGCGCUGCCGACCGUUACUCGAAGCGAUCAUUGAGACGAUUUCUUGCCGGUCGCCGAGAAUGAUGGAAACUCCAGUGAGAGAACUGAUACCUAUGACUUCAGUAAAGGUUGGGACAUCAGAGAAGGAUGUUCGCGAAUGGUCAAGUGGUGAUAAAAUUGAAGUUUCAAAGAUGGAAAAGGUGCACCUGGGUUAA